AUCCCCCACGCUUUGCGCAUUCAGAGGCUCUCUAUGGCGGUAGAGCAAGACACGUAUCUUGCAGUCCUCAAGGCGUCCUACGAUUAUGACCCAGCGGCAGAUGCGGAGGAUGAGAUAGCAAUCAAGGAGAACCAGCUGCUCUUUCUCCUGGAGCGGACCGACGAAGACUGGUGGAGAGUCAAGGUUAAAUCGGAAGAGGAAGGGCCGUCCGGUCUGGUGCCCUCCGCCUACGUCGAGCUGGCCGAGCCCACCGAAGUAGUCAAGGUGCUCUACGACUACGACGCCGCGCAACCUACAGAGCUUUCCGUGAAGGAGGAUGAGAUUCUGCAUGUGUACGAGAGAGACGACGACUGGAUCCUCGUCGCAAGUCCGACGGAGGAGGGGCGAGUCGGCUACGUUCCGGGCAAUUACGUCGAGGAGGCGACCGGAGAGGAAGAGGCGGCUCCGCCCGCAGCUGCCGCUGCGACAUCCCUGUCCUCGAUCGUCGUACCGGACUCGCCACCAAAGCCUACACGUCCUAUCAGCACAUAUGUGGAUCCUGCCGACAGAGUGGCGGCGACCGCUAAUAAGGCGCAAGCGGACUCUAUUCAGACCUGGGCCAUCUCCGAGGUCGAUGGCAAAGGGAAGAAGAAGAAGGGCACUCUCGGAGUUGGCAAUGGGGCCAUGUUCUUCGCCAGCGAGUCCGACAAGAACCCGGUCCGCAAGUGGCAGACUGUCGACAUCCACUCGGUCAAGUUGGAGAAGUCCAAGCACGUCCACAUCGACGUCGGCGGCCCAGAGCCUGCUAAUCUCCACUUCCACGCCGGGGGGAAGGAUACCGCAGAGGCGAUCAUGGCGAAACUUGAGUCCUCACGCAGCAUCGCCGGCGGAGUCAACGGAGCCAGUGCUGCGCCUGCCUCCCCGCCGCGUGCGAGUCCACCCACAGAUGAACCUAUUGAACGCCCCCGCAGCAGUGCCCAGAAAUCCGUGCACUUCGCGCCAGAUGAACCAGAGGAGAUCCCGUAUGAGGAAGAGCCCGAGCCGGAAGAAGAAGAGGAAGUCCACGAGGAUGCUGAUGCACACUACGAAGCUGCGGACGAGGGCGAGUCUGCCGUCGUGCUGUACGACUUCUCGGCAGACGGGGAGGACGAGCUGACGGUCCACGAGGGCGAGACCCUCUGGAUCCUGGAGAAGGACAGCGCAGAGUGGUGGAAGUGCAGGAACGCGGCGGGCGAAGAGGGCGUUGUGCCUGCAAGUUACGUCGAGCCGGCCGGCGGUGAUGCUGCUGCUGCCCCUACGCCUCCGUCGGCCGCGUCGUCUCAAGCGGCCGGACAAGUAGCUGUAGCCGCGGCGGCUGCACGGGCUGCCAAGGAGGCCGCGGAGCAGGAGGCAGCGGCGCGGCGCGAAUCCCUAGAACAGGAACGCGCCGCGAAGGAGCGCAAGAAGCAAGAGGCUCAACAACGAGCGGAGGCUGCAGCCGCUGCCGCGGAGGCCGACCGCAAACGCCGUGAACGCGAGCGCGAGAAGCAGAAGGAGAAAGAGAAGGAGCGAGCAGCCGCGGAUGAGGCAGCGACACGAAGGAAGUCGCAGGAGAAACCGUCUCCCGAGGCAUCGUCGUCAAAGAAGAGGAACAGUGAGUCCCAGGCGCGGUCCUCCAGCGAUAGCAAACGUGCACCCCCGUCCGAGAACCUGCGCGUAUGGCACGAUCGAACGGGCCAGUUCCGCGUCGACGCGGCCUUUCUUGGAUAUGUCAACGGCAAGCUCAGGUUGCACAAGGUCAACGGCGUCGUCAUCGAGGUGCCUGCGGAGAAGAUGUCCGCUGAGGACCUGCGUUACGUCGAGAAGAUGACGAAACAGAAGGCCUCAACCUCCACGUCCCGCAAGUCGGACGAUGACGACAAUCAGCCUCUAGAGGAGCGGCGGAAGUCGCUCAUCCCCGAGGCUGCCCGGGCGAGCCAGGCCGCUACGAGGGCACCGGUGAAGAAGGGACCCACCAUCGACUGGUUCGAGUUCUUCCUCAACGCCGGUUGCGACGUCGACGACUGCACACGUUACGCGUCAUCCUUCGAGCGCGACAAGAUCGACGAGGCCAUCCUCCCGGACAUCACGGAGUCGACGAUGCGCUCGCUCGGUCUGCGCGAGGGAGACAUCAUCCGCGUUAAGAAGGCGAUCGAAACGCGGAAGCCGAAGGCGGAUCCCAAGGAGGAACAGCUGCGCAAGGACGAGGAGCUCGCGCGCCAACUGCAGGCGGCCGAGGAGAAUGGCACGAACCUGAAGACGAGAAGCCCAGCACCCAACUUGUUCGCUGGUCCCAAUGGCGAGCUCAAGGCGAACAUGCGCCGCGGCCGUCCCGAGCGCAAGACCCUCCCGCCCUCAUCUGUGGAUUUGGAAUCCAUCUCCACAGCGUCGGCCCAGAUCCAACGAACAAACUCGCCGUUGGUUGCCAGUCCUGAAGGCAUACAACAGUCGAACUCAAGCCCUGCGCAGCUAGCGUCCAAGGCAACUCCAGCAGCGCCGGCUGUCAGCGGAUUCGAUAACGACGCCUGGACUCCCCGUCCAAGUUCAACGAAACCCUUGGCUCCCACUCCUCCGGUCGUUGCUCCCCGCCCACCCUCAGCACCGCCUGCGCCGCCCGCACCACCUGCACCACCUGCGGCCGCCCAACCAACUGUCGCUGUCAGCCCACCGCCUGUACGCGCUGCCUCUGUUGCCUCCGGCGCCCCUGCGCAGCAGAACGCGCCAAACCUGGCCAACACGACAGACAACGACAUCUUCGAGCAGCUCGCACGCCUCAGCCAACUGCGCGUCAACAGCCCCGCUGCGCCCCAGCCCGCACAAGCUCCUCCAAGAGCGCCCUCCGUCAACAUCUCUACCCCAGUGGGCUUCCAGUCCGGGAUGGGCAUGGGCUCGUCACCCGUCCCGAUGGGCCACGCUCUGCAGGCCCAGCAGACGGGCAUGUUCUCUUCGCCCUCCCCGGUCAACGGGCCGCGCGGGCCGUUCGCGCCGGUUCCGGCUAACCAGCCACUGCUGCAGCCCUUGGUGCCGACGACGACGGGCUUUGCGGGCUUCGUUCCUACGCGCCCCGGUACAUCUCCAUCGCCCUUCCAACCCGCGCCGCAGCAACAGCAGCCCAUGAUGUCACAGCAGACUGGGUAUCCCGGAGCGGGCCAGUCGAUGCUCUCGCAGCCGACCGGCUUCAACCCGAUGCAGAACUCGCUCAUGGCGCAGCCUACAGGCAUGCCGGGCGGGAACUUUGGAGGGAUGGGAGGCGGGAUGGGUGGUGGCAUGUCCUCCUUCCAGUCCAACCCGGGCUUCAACCCGAUGCAGAGCAACCCUACGGGAUUCAACCCGAUCCAGAGCAACCCCACUGGCUUCAACCCUGGUUUCGCCCAGUCGCCGUUCGGUAGCGGCAGCUACAGCGUCCAGGCGCCCCCUCCACCACCUCCACCACCCGUGCCUACACAUUCUGCGGUCAGCACUAACCCUGCGAACAUCUUCGCCCAGAUGAAGAGCGGAACAUUCGCCAACGACGAGACAGGGCCACAGUCUCAAGACAAAUAUGACGCUCUUCGUCCUAAUCCUACACCGCUCACCGUACAGUCUACCGGGUGGGGCGGUGGGUACGGCGGCAUGAACGGCUACCAGGGUGGAGGAUAUGGCUACCAGCAUUGAACACUGCACGUAUUUACUACCUUACACGAUCUCUACGUCUUCGAUUCUCUUGGUCCCAUUCCAGAGCCGGAUUAACUGGAAACAUUGCA